UGGCAACCUUCCGCGGGCGUAACGUGGCAAAUCGUGCUCUCCUCCGCCCUGAACGACACCUCGCCAAAUGUAACCGUCUACGACAUCGACCUCUUCGAGAACCCAGCCUCCACCAUCAGCCAGCUGCACGCACUGAACAGGAGCGUGAUCUGCUAUUUCUCGGCCGGCAGCUUCGAGGAUUUCCGCCCCGAUACCUCACAGUUCCAGGCCAACGACUAUGACAAGCCGCUCGAUGGGUGGCCGGGCGAGUACUGGCUCAACACCAAGUCGUCGAACGUGAGAAGGAUCAUGACGGAGCGGCUGCAGCUCGCUUCGUCGAAAGGCUGCGAUGGCGUGGACCCAGACAAUGUCGACGGGUACAGCUUCAACACUGGUUUCGACCUCACCCAAGCAGAUGCUAUUGAUUAUUUGACUUUUCUGACAACGGGUGCACACGGGCUCAACAUGUCGAUAGGCCUCAAGAAUGCUGCUGAGAUUGUCAACAAGACGACUGUCGACAUGAUGCAGUGGGCUGUCAAUGAGCAGUGUCUCGAGUAUCAAGAGUGCGACGUCUUCCAGCCUUUCAUCGGGGCUGGGAAGCCUGUCUUUCACAUCGAGUAUCCGAGUUCGGCCCCGGCCAUCAGUGCGAGUGUGAAGGAGGGAAUCUGCGGUGACCACUCGGCGCAGGGCUUCUCUACGGUCCUGAAGGAUAUGGGUCUAGAUAAUUGGCUGGACGCUUGCUAG